GAAGAGAAUAACACGACCUACUAUAAAGAAAAAUAAUACUAUAAUUGCAUGAACCUAAAUAAAAUUUAAGAAGAAAUCUUUUAUCUAUUUAAUAAUUUAGUGAUCAAGAGUUCUAGCCAAUUUUUUCGGGUGCAUACAAUACAAAUUGCAAACUCUGUCCAAAAACAACACCAUCGAUCUCUUCACCAGACUCAUAACAAAUUAACUACCCCCACUCUCGCGCGCUAAUCUCCACAAAUUCUAGAACCUUCCUUCAAUGGCCACCGUUACGCUUAGCUCCGCCGACGCCGAUAAACUCUCCAACCUUCAAUCCGCCACCGUUGCAUUGUCCCAAAUCAGCGAAAACGAGAAGACCGGAUUCAUCAACCUCGUCGCUCGUUAUCUCAGUGGAGAAGCACAGCAUGUUGAAUGGAGUAAGAUCCAGACACCUACUGAUGAAGUAGUUGUGCCUUAUGACAGUUUGGCUCCAACUCCUGAGGAUUCUUCGGAGGUGAAGAACCUCUUGGACAAGCUUGUGGUUUUGAAGCUUAAUGGAGGAUUGGGGACAACUAUGGGCUGCACUGGUCCAAAAUCUGUCAUUGAAGUUCGUGAUGGGUUGACAUUUCUUGAUUUAAUUGUCAUCCAAAUUGAGAAUCUCAAUUCCAAAUUUGGAAGCAAUGUUCCAUUGCUUUUGAUGAACUCAUUCAACACUCAUGAUGAUACUCAAAAGAUUGUUGAAAAAUAUACAAAUUCAAAUGUUGAGAUUCAUACCUUUAACCAGAGCCAAUAUCCUCGAUUAGUUGUUGAUGACUUCUUGCCACUUCCAUCCAAAGGGCAGACUGGAAAAGACGGCUGGUACCCUCCUGGCCAUGGAGAUGUCUUCCCAUCACUAAUGAACAGUGGAAAACUUGAUACACUAUUAUCACAGGGUAAGGAGUAUGUGUUCGUUGCCAAUUCAGAUAACUUGGGUGCCCUAGUUGAUUUGAAAAUCUUAAAUCAUUUGAUCCAGAACAAGAAUGAAUACUGUAUGGAGGUGACUCCCAAGACAUUGGCUGAUGUGAAGGGUGGCACUCUUAUUUCUUAUGAAGGAAGGGUUCAGCUCCUGGAAAUUGCCCAAGUCCCAGAUGAACAUGUCAGUGAAUUUAAGUCGAUAGAGAAGUUCAAAAUUUUCAAUACAAAUAACUUAUGGGUGAACUUAAAAGCAAUUAAAAGGCUUGUUGAGGCUGAUGCUCUGAAGAUGGAGAUUAUUCCCAAUCCUAAGGAAGUUGAUGGAGUAAAAGUUCUUCAGCUGGAAACAGCAGCUGGUGCAGCUAUUAAGUUCUUUGAUAAGGCUAUUGGAAUUAAUGUUCCUCGAUCCCGCUUCCUUCCCGUGAAGGCAACUUCAGAUUUGCUUCUUGUUCAGUCAGACCUUUACACUUUACAAGAUGGAUUUGUUGUUAGGAACCAAGCUAGGGAAAAUCCUGAAAACCCUUCUAUUGAAUUAGGGCCGGAAUAUAAGAAGGUUAGCAGCUUCUUGGGAAGGUUCAAGUCAAUCCCCAGUAUUGUUGAGCUUGACAGUCUAAAAGUGGCAGGCGAUGUAUGGUUUGGAGCUGGUGUUACCCUUAAGGGAAAGGUUAGUAUCAUUGCAAAAUCUGGCAUAAAGCUGGAAAUACCUGACGGGUCUGUGCUUGCAAACAAGGAAAUUAAUGGCCCUGAGGAUCUGUGAGGAACCUGAUAGUUCUGCUGUAAGUUGUGUAUUUUUGCAAGUUCGGAGGGAAUUAAAUAAAACGGCUGUUCUUUUUUGUUGAGAUGUCUGAAUUCAGAGCUUUGCCUCAUAAUCUGUAAUUUUGUGUUUGAGCAUUUGAGAAAGAUUCAAGGAGGAUCUUGUUUUAUCCUUUAAUCUGAUUAAGCGUUUAAGCCAUUUAGCAGUA